CGUGCAGAGAGCAACAUGGACGUUUCUUCGAGAUUAAUUUUGGCAGGAAUAAUCUUAGUGCUGCUGUGGCUGUUCAGUGUGAAUAACAGUAGUAAGCAUCGUUUGCCUCCAGGACCUCGUGCUCUUCCUUUCAUAGGAAACCUUCCACAAAUAGACAAAACAGCACCUUUUAAAUUUUUUGUCAAGUUCAGCGAAACCUAUGGGCCUGUGGUGACUCUGUACAUGGGUCGGCGACGGACAGUUGCUCUUUUUGGAUACGAUGCAGUGAAAGAGGCCUUGGUGGACCAAGGAGAUGAUUUCUCAGGCAGAGAACCACUGCCAUUUCAGCUUAAAGUUACCAAGGGCUACGGGUUGGGGAUCAGUAAUGGUGAACGCUGGAAACAGCUGAGACGUUUCACACUAACAACCCUAAGAGACUUUGGGAUGGGAUGCAAAGGGAUGGAGGAGUGGAUCCAAGAAGAGAGCAAACACCUGGAGGCUCAUAUUCGUUCAUUGAAAGGUCGACCUUUUGAGCCCACAUUCUUGUUGGGCUGCACGGUGUCCAACGUGAUCUGCUGCCUUGUGUUUGGGGAACGCUUCGAUUACGAAGACAAGCAGUUCCUGCGCCUCCUUAAAAUCUUCACUGACCUUAUAAGGUUUAAUACCAGCGGUAUGGCCCAGUUGUACAACGUCUUUCCCUGGUUCGUGGAGCUUCUUCCCGGCCAGCACCACACUGUUUUCACCCAAAUGGAGGAGGUGAAAGAGUUUAUCAAGAAGAAGAUCCAGGAGCACAAAGAGACACUGGACCCCAACUCCCCGAGAGACUACAUCGACUGCUUCCUCAUUCGAAUGAACCAGGAAAAGGACAAUCCCUCAACUGAGUUCAUUCAUGACAACUUGGCCUCUACAGUGAUGAAUCUGUUCUUCGCAGGAACAGAAACUACCAGCACCACCAUCAGAUAUGCUCUCAGUGCUUUGAUCAAAUACCCCAAAAUACAGGAGAAAAUGCGGCAGGAGAUCGACACUGUGAUUGGACAAAACCGUUGUCCCAACAUGGAAGACAGGAAGUCCCUCCCCUUUACAGACGCUGUCAUCCAUGAGGUGCAGCGUUUUCUGGACAUUGCCCCCUUUAGUGUCCCUCACUAUGCCCUGAAGGACAUCUCUUUUAGAGGGUAUACAAUCCCCAAGGGCACCACAAUUCUUCCCAUGCUGCAUUCUGUGCUGAAAGAAGAAAAGCAAUGGGCAUCUCCCUGGUCCUUUAAACCCGAGCACUUCCUGGACCAGAAUGGCAACUUUAAGAAAAAUCCUGCAUUCCUGCCAUUUUCUGCAGGGAAGAGAAACUGUGUUGGCGAGGCUCUGGCUCGUAUGGAGCUUUUUCUCUUUUUGGUAUCGUUGCUGCAGCGUUUCACCUUUUCCUGCUCUGAAGGCCCCGACAGCAUAAACCUCGUUCCACAGUACAGCGGCUUUGUUAAUCUGCCUCGGACGCACGACAUCAUCGCCACACCACGGUGAAAAGAGAAGCUCCACUCAGACAAUCUGACCAACAAUCUUUCUAACAUAAAUCGUGGUGAGGGGCUGAGCAACAAAGCAAGAGGAGUCGCAGAUGGAUUUAAAAAAGGGGGUUUUGAUUUACCCACCAAAUGACUAAAACAGGCAAACACUAUGUUCUGGGCCAAUAAAAGAGGUCAGAUGAACAGAAUUAAACGAAGGCUAUUGUAACAAAGACUCGGUAGAAACAACAGAUUAAACACAAUUCAGAAUUGAUCUGAUGGAACAAAUCAGCAUAUUUGGUGUACUACUCAAAAAAGACUAAAUGCCUAACACAAUUCAAAUGAACUGCAUAAUAUUUCACUCUAAAUGUCCCUGUCCUCCCCCUGAUGUGGCAACCACUUGGUAAAACCUGAUUGACAGUUCCGGGAGAAGCUGCCCAGAUGACCCAGGCAGCAGGAGCCUAGAUACCCCAGCACAAGCGAAAAAAAGGAAUUAGUGCAACUGAAGAAAAAUAAAGCUGAAGAAAUACAAGCUAACUAAAUGUGAGUGUCACAUAUAGAAAUGAAGACUUCUUCAAAUGCUAAACAAACAAUAAACAUAAUGCUUGAAAUCAAGAAUUAAGUGCUGUCAUUUAAGUAUUUUUACAUGUGCAAAAUGCAUGUAAAAAUGUUUUAACUUAAAAUAAUUAGAUUAGUAUAUGGGGUUCUGACUUUUAAGAUGGCACGGUUCCACAUGCAGCCAUCACAAUGACAAAUUACUGCGAUGAAAAAAUGUUGAUUGGACAGCUGUUAUUUGUCUGUACUUCUCGGCAGAAAUAAAAGUACUUGUCUACAA